CUUGGAUCAGGGAGUGAUAGUGAGUGAGGGGUAACAUUACAAUUUAUCAUACCACACAUCACAUACCCUUGGCAAGUUGGCAUCUUACAUAUGUCGAGAAUAUAAAGAAAGGAUUCCCUUCCUCCUCCUUUCUCGCUCCCUUCUUCUCUUCCCUUUUCACAGCCGCACGUUACCCGCUCAUUUGCAACGUCCAAGUCUGGGUCUCUCAUCCUAUUUUUCUUUUCGUAUCUUUGAAAGAUUGCGCAGGAUUUUCAUCAUCGAAUCAUCACUUCAUCAAUUCGUCAAAAUCCAAAUCUUAAAAAUCAUCUUUCAUUCACUCGCUCAUUUUAAUGAUUACGCCUUGAUGUGAUUGACGAAAUCCUAAAAAUACCCUCCUCGAUCUACCGACAAAAUUAUUACGAGUUUCCCCACCAGAUUUAACCAACCAUUACCCUUAAAGUCAUCAAUCACUUUGAGAUUCCUCGUACUGUCUUGCCUUUCAACCCAACCCUCUCUCGAUCCAAAGUAAAGUCGACUUGCUUGUUCUUCCUUACAUUCAUUGAUUGAAUCAUCACACUCCUUCACUUCCCUAUCAAUACAUUCAUCGAGAUUGUUUGCUUGGGAAAUUUACAUUCCUUUUCGAUUCAAUCAUUUGGAUAUCAUAUCAAUCAAUCAACCAACCAACCAACCAACCAGACCAACCAGUCAUUCAUUCUUCACUGUCAAAAAGUCUACCUUUGCAGGAAUACACAUACAUACAAUAAAUCGAAACCAAAAGAUUUACAUAAGAUUACCAAAAUAUCAACAUGCGUUCAUUCGACAUCAAAUCACUCGCCAUCUUGGCAACCUCUUUGCUGGUCAAAGAAGCAUUUGCAGCUCCAAUUUACGAAACCGAAAUCCAUGUUAUCACGGAAGAAAUCACCGUAACUAAACAACCCGAUGGUACUUUUGAAACGGGCGCUCCUCAUACUGUGGGAACUUUCACUCGUCAUGGUCAUGGUCAUGGUUCGGCUUCUUCGUCCUCUGCCGUCUUUGUGCCAUCUACUGCUUCAGCUGUGUCAAGUGUUGUGGUGGUUCCUACUACUUCUUCUACAAGUCAAGUGAUUCCCUCUACUUCAGCUGUUGAGGUUCCAACUACAUCCCAGACUUUAGCUUCAUCUAUUGAAGUUCCAACUACAUCCAAGAUUGUAGCUGCUAGCUCUGCUAAAGCUUCUUCAUCUUCAACAUCUAUUAUCAAGGUCUCAACUGAAGCAGCAGCAGCUGUCCUCGUACAAAACACUCCUAAAGCUGCCUCUACAACUGCUAAACCUACCACCCUAGCUACCUCGGCCGUAGUCAAAGCAUCCUCUGCUGCCGUAGCUUCCUCUUCCAGCUCUUCCUCAGGAGGAAAACGUGGAGUAGCCUACAAUACUGCCGAUUACGUCAAACAAUUCACCGGAUCUUCCAAAGUAGCCUGGGCCUACAAUUGGGGUAGUACCUCAGACGGUCUUUCCACCUCCGGUAUUGAAUAUGUUCCCCUCCUCUGGGGCAUGAAAAGUACAUUCACAAGCGCCUGGUCAGCAGCCGCCUCAAGUGCCAUCGCCUCCGGCUCCAAACAUCUCAUGUCCUUCAACGAACCUGACUUAAGUACCCAAGCCAAUCUCGGAUAUGCCGAUGCCGCCGCCGGAUAUAAAACAUACAUGCAACCCUUUGCCGGCAAAGCCAAGCUCGGAGCCCCUGCCGUCACAAACGGUGCUUCACCCAUGGGACUCACAUGGUUGAAAUCUUUCCUCUCCGCUUGCACCGAUUGCACCAUCGAUUUCGUCUGUAUCCAUUGGUAUGAUUCCGCUUCCAAUAUCGAGUACUUUAAGAGCUAUGUUCAAGACGCCUAUACGGCUGGUGGUAAUCGUCCAUUGUGGAUCACAGAGUUUCAAGCUUCUGGCUCGACGGAUCAACAGAAUGCCUUUAUGGAGGAGGUCUUGCCCUGGUUGGAUGCUUCCCAUAUGGUGGAUAGAUAUGCUUGGUUUAUGGCUGAUACAGCGGCGGGUGGAUUGAUGAGUUCGGGUUCUUCGCUUAGUUUGUUGGGGAAUACUUUUAAGACUUCUUAGGUUUGUUGUUUGUUUAAAGAAUGAGGUUUUGAGUAUUGCCUUGAUUCGGGGAAAGUUAGGUCAUGUACGUAUGUACGUAUGUAUGUAUGUAUACCUACCUACUAUACAUGGAUACGUAAAAGAAAAGCACAUCAUUCUUCAUUCCUACCUCAUCCUUACUUAGGUACUCAAGUAUCUCAAGCUUUGCUUCUGCUUCUGCUUCUGCUUCUGCUUUUGCGGUUGGAUAUACAUACAUACAUACAUACACGACAAACAUACACGACAAAGAACCGGGGGUCGGGGACAAUGGAUGGGUUUAGGAAGGAGGGAGGAGGGUAGUGGAGUGGACCGAAGGGGGAAAGAAAACGAAAACGAAAAAGAAAAAAAACAUUACAGAAAUCUUUCUUCUUCAUUGUACAUAGUUAUAUUUUUGAGUAGGUAGUGAGUAGUGAGUGGUGGGUUACCAGACUGGAGCUGUGUUUGUGUUUGUGUUUAGGUUAGAUAGUUAGAUAGAUAGGAUAGUAUGGAAUGUAAUGCAAUGCAAUGCAAUGCAAUGCAAUGGAGUG